AUGUCUACUUCCACCAUCACCAACGUCCUCAUCACCGGCGUCGCCAGAGGAAUCGGCCUCUCCCUCCUAAAAGCCUACCUCUCCCGCCCCAACCACACCAUCAUCGGCACCGUCCGCAACACCUCCUCCCCCAGCACCUCCACCCUAACCACCCUCUCCACGGCACCCAACACGCACCUCAUCCUCCUCAGCAUCGAAAGCACCUCCGCAUCCGACUACCCCGCCGCCGUGGCCCAGCUCCACGAAGCGGGAAUCAGGCAUUUAGACCUGGUGAUCGCCAACGCGGGGAUCUGUCCGGACCCGUGCCCGCUUGUGCAGCUGGACGUCGAGGACGUGAGCAAGGCAUUUGCCGUGAAUACGGUGGGCCCGAUCAUGCUGUUCCAGGCUGUUAGGGGGCUUUUGGAGAAGGGGCAUGGCAAGAAGUGGGUUUCUAUGUCGACGGGGGCGGCGUCGUUGGGGAAUUUAGAGGUGCAUGGGGCUCAUGGGGUCGCUGCUUAUGGGAUUUCAAAGGGAGGGUUGAAUUGGUUUACGUUGGCUGUUCAUACCUCUGAGGAUUGGUUGAAUGCGUUUGCGGUGCAUCCUGGACUCGUUCAGACUGAAAUGGGCAACAAGGGAGCUCAGAUGAUGGGAUUGGAAGAAGCGCCGAAUACCCUGGAAGAAAGCACCAGCAAGACGAUUGCUUUGAUCGAUGGAGCCACGAGGGAGACUGCCUCUGGACGAUUCUUUAAUUCUAUUGAUGGGUCGGAGUUUCCUUGGUAG